AUGGCGAUAAAGAGUGUUAGUUUCCUCUUAUUGCUGUUGGAUUUUUCACUCGGAUUAGCAGAACCGGACUUUCAAAAGGCCAAUCUUCGUUUCCCAUUUGAUUUACCAAAAGGAAAUGGAGCCUGGAUACGCCCAACAGUGGGUCAGAUUUGGCCCAAACCCCAACUUGAACAAUCUACCGACAAUUUUAUGGUGUUGAGACCAAGCGACUUCCAUUUCCAGAUUACUGGAAAUACUUGCGAUAUCCUUGAGGAAGCUAUUCACCGUUACUAUGAUCUCAUUUUCUUUCCGCCAAGAGGAAGUGGAACUUCGAAACGAUUUCAGAAGCUUUCUAAUAAGUACAGCAUGACCUGGGAAAAGAAUGAAAAUUUCAGAGGUUAUCUUGAUACCGUUGUUCUUCAUGUGAUGCAACCGUGUGAAAAAUUACCUUCACUCAGCAUGGAUGAACACUAUGAAAUCAAGAUUGAUGCGACGGAUAGACCACGCGAAGGAAUCAUAUUGGGUCAAAGUGUAUGGGGGAUACUGCGCGGACUGGAGUCUUUUAGUCAACUAGUCUACUCAUCGCAAAAUGGAAUAGCGUUCCAAAUAAAUUCAACAAUGAUAAUGGACUUUCCGCGAUUUCCUCAUCGUGGCUUGCUGCUGGAUAGUUCCAGACAUUUUCUACCACUUCCAGUUAUAAAAGAUAACUUGGACUUAAUGGCUCAGAACAAAUUGAAUGUUUUCCAUUGGCAUAUAACGGAUGAUCCGGCUUUCCCCUACGAAAGUAGGAAAUUUCCUAGUCUGAGUCAAUUAGGAUCUUUCAAUCCGUACAGCCACGUAUAUAGUCCCUCGGAUGUUGAAUAUGUGAUCCAGUAUGCUCGGAUGAGAGGCAUCAGGGUCAUCCCGGAGUUCGACACGCCUGGACACACGCAGUCUUGGGGACCGGGUUCUCCUGGUUUACUUACUCCCUGCUAUAAAAAAGAUGGAACAAAAGACAACUUUUUUGGUCCAAUAAAUCCGGUUCCCGCUAAGAAUUACAAAUUUCUAAGAGAAUUUUUUGCUGAAAUCUUCCAAGUGUUUCCUGACGCGUACGUUCAUCUUGGAGGGGAUGAAGUUGAUUUCAGCUGUUGGGCCAGCAAUCCUGAAAUUAUAUCUUUUAUGAAACAACAGAGAUGGGAACAAGAUUUCGCUCGUUUGGAACAGUUCUAUAUGCAACGAUUAAUUAAUGUUACACAAGAUGUAACUAAAGGCGAAAUGCGUUACCUUGUGUGGCAAGAAGUUAUUGAUAAUAACGUAGUUCUUCCAUCUAGUACGGUCAUACAUGUCUGGAAAGAUGGAAAUAACUUCCACGAUGAACUAGCUCGAGUGACAAAAUUUGGCUAUCGCACUGUACUUUCUUCUCCCUGGUACCUCAAUUACAUCAAUUACGGCGUCGACUGGGAUCGUUAUUAUUUAGCAGAACCCUUAUCAUUUAAUGGAACGGAAAGCCAAAAAAGAUUGGUAAUUGGCGGCGAGGCAUGCAUGUGGGGAGAAUUUAUCGAUGCUGUGAGUGUUACGUCUAUUACAUGGCCUCGAGCUUCGGCUGUAGCUGAAAGGCUUUGGUCUAGUGCCAGUACCAAUGAUCCACGGCUCGCCGCUCCACGUUUGGAAGAACACAGGUGCCGCCUUCUUCGUCGUGGCUUCAAUGUUAAUCCGAUUAAUGGCGUAAGCUACUGCGAUAUUGAAUGGUAAUUCCGUCUUUCAUGCAUUCCUUCGCGUAAUCCACGUUAUUUUUGCGAAUUAUCAAAUACUUGUAUGCGUACAAACAUGCUUAUGUAGUUUUAACAAUACAACUAUAUCUACGGUUA